CUACCACGCGUUGACAUUUCUCAGGAUCAGGUCCACUACAUACCUCGCUCGUAGCCUUCGCUCUUCCUCAACCUCUCCCCCAAUCUCUGAAAGCACAAGCUCGAUUGAUCGAGGAAUGGUAGGGCCCGGGCUGACGGUCGGCGGGUGGUUCGCCGGCGCCGUGAUCUCCAACUUCGUGGCGAAGGCGCGCUCUAUCUUGGAGGCGAAUCACGCCCUGCAGGCCGAAGCCGGCGACAUGUUGUACAGCGUGCAGGCCGCGCUGCCCCGGAUCAGGAUACUGGUCGAGGUGACCGAGCGCAAGGCUAUCUCCAACGGUAGCUACGACGAGUGGCUGCAGCAAUUCAAGGACGUCGUGUACGAGGCUGAGGACCUGCUCGAUGACUUCGAGACCAAGAGGAUCCAGGACGAGUUGCGCAGGAAGAGCAGUAAGGUUGGCUCGGCUGCGUCCUUCGCUCUCAGGUACAUGAGAAACCUCCUACUUUCGGAUGCUGAUCUCCAGAGGCUUAAAGAUGUCCUGAAGAAGCUAAACAAGAUUGUCAAUGAUGACCGUGGUACCCGCUUCCAAGGCAUCCUGGAGUCAUCUGACGAACAGGAGGUGCCAGUGCCACCAACACGGCCUCUUGUCGUCGGCCGAGAUAAGGAGAAACAGGAUCUGCUGAGCCUGAUAUGCCCUGCUGUGCCACUGUCCCGAGAUGGCGUGGAAUCCAGCAAGCAGUUUUCUGUCAUUGUUGUAGUAGGAGCAGCCGGUGUGGGCAAAACUACUCUUGCUCAGAUAAUCUACAAGAACCAAAAUGUCACGGAGGCUUUUGCGUUGAGGGGGUGGGUAUUGGCCUCCCGUCGCAGUCGUGAUAAGCGGGACAUUGUCAAAGAUAUUGUUGAUUCUUUUGGCAUGGGGCAGCAGAGCACCCUGUUCAGUGUCACAGAAAACAAGAGGUUCUUCCUUGUUCUUGAUGAUGUACAAGAUGAUCUGCGUAGACUAUGGGGUUCCCUAAGGUCAAUCCUGGCAGGUGCGGCAAAUGGGAGUGUUGUGUUGUUAACAACUCGAUCAGAAGAGGAUGUAUAUACUUUCAGAGCAACAGCUCAUGUUUCACUGAAGCAUCUACCGUUAGAAUCCAUGUGCAGAGUUUUUGAGCAUCAUGCAUUUGGAAGGCAGGAAAAAGGUUCACUCGAAUCAAUUGGAAAGAAAAUAGUGCAAAACCUGCAUGGAGUACCAUUACUGGCAGAAGCAAUUGGAAGGCUACUGAGACAAAAUCUAGACGAGGGCCACUGGGGAAAAAUUUCCAGAAGUCAUUGGUGGCUUUAUUCUGAAGAUGAUGAUAGUCAAAAUGUUGCUCUACCUUCAGUAACAAUUUUGUGUGAACAUCUAAGUGAUCAUUUGAGAAAGCGUUUGUGUUACUGUUCAAUAUUCCCUUCUGGUUAUUUGUUUAAAAGGAAUGUGUUGAUUCAGAUGUGGAAAGCUAAUUUCAUGCAGCAACAUGAUGGGAUUGAGAUGGAGAAAAAGGAAAAUCAGUGGUUUGACGAGCUUUUCAACAGAUCAUUUUUCCAGCCUACAAUAUGGGAAAACAAGUACAUAAUACCAGAUAUGAUUAAAGAGCCAUUAUACCGCAUUGCUGAAAAGGAAUGCCAUGCAGCUACAGAUUCACGGGAGCUCAAAAGAAGUCUCCAACUUUAUCGUCACCUGGCUAUAGAUAGUUCUGAUUUUAGUGUGCACUUGGACUUAAGGAAGAUCAAUAAGUGGCGAACAAUUUUAUUUUUUGAUGGACACAGAACAAAUAAGCUACAAGAAGCACUUGCCAAUGUUUUGUGCGACCCUAGUGCCCUACGGUUAUUAGACUUCUCUUACUCCAAAGCUAAAUUGGGAAAGGCUCCUGAUUUCAUUAACAAAUUCACUCACCUUCGGUUUCUAGAUCUCUCCUUUACUGAGAUUACCAUAAUUCCAGGCUCCCUCUGUAAGCUGCGCCUUCUGCAAGUACUCGGUCUACGAGGGUGCCAGCUCACAGAACUACCUAGAGCUAUGAAUAAGUUAGUUAACCUCCAAUUUUUAUAUGCAGAAGCUCAGACAGUUUCUCUCAUAUACAAGAUAGGGCAGCUGACAAAUCUCCUAGGGCUCGAGGAGUUCCCUGUGGGCAGAAUAGAGGGGCACAAAAUAACAGAACUGAAGGACUUGAAUGACCUUUGUGGACAACUUUGUAUCAGUAAUCUUGAGGAAGUAACAGGCACAGAUAUAGAGGGUGAUGCUAAAUUAUCGAGAAAAAGACACUUAAAGAAGUUGACACUAAAAUGGGGGUUGGAAGAGGGAACGUCAACAACCAAAUCUGAAGUUUGCAUGAGGACACUUGCUGGCUUAAAACCAAAUUCAAAUCUUGAAGAGCUGAAAAUUCAGUGUUACAUGGGAGUCGAGUUUCCAGCAUGGAUGGCAGAUGAGCUACAUUUUACCAAACUAAGGCUUAUUCAUCUAAUACAAUGUAAACAGUUAAAAACACUUCCACCUCUUGGGCAAAUUCCAUCUCUUGUGAUUUUAGUGCUGGAAGGACUAUCAGUACUUGAACAAAUUGGUGGUGAAUUUUAUGGAACAGGUUACAGGGUAUUUCCAUCUCUUGAGGAGCUGAAGUUCCUUGAUAUGCCAAAUUGGAGGAAAUGGUCUGACAUAGAAGAAUUACAAGACUCGCGGGCCUACCCAUUUCCCCAUCUUAAAAAGGUCCAAAUCAAGAACUGCAAAGUUUUGAGUUAUAUGCCAUUAUGUUGUUUACAAGCAUCACUUGAGGAACUCGAUCUUUCUGAAUGCGAUGAGAUAUUUAAAUGCAGUCCAAUCUGUUUCCGUGGAUUAAAAUCCUUGUUGCGCUUAAGGAUACACCAUUGUUUGGGCAGAAUUCAUCUUCCAUGCAAUUUGUUGUCAUCGCUUGAGGUUUUGAAUCUUCAAAAAUGUGAGGUUUACUUCCAGGGAGGUAUAGAACAGAUCAUCAAAUUGAAGAGGAUUUUAACAAGUGAUUUUUGUGAACUGAACUUGGAUGAAUUGAAAGAAAUAAGGAAAGGGCAGUUAGUUCCUGAAGUAUUUACAUUCUGAAGGUUUCCACUGUUGACCACCAUGCUUUCUCAAAACUGCAAUGUUGAAGCAUUUCAUUAAAAAAAAAAGAAUCCUGGAGCACCAGUUUCCUAGAAUGGUGAUAAUACUUCUAUGGUGCAUGUUAGAAUGUCAGGCUGUUGAACUCAAAAGGCAGAACAGCUCAUUCAAACAUGUCAUAUAAAAAAAAAGAUUCAUCCAGAGGGAGAAACGUCUCUGAUUUUUUGUCUUGUAGAAGAUUUACCUCAGGUUCAAACCAUGCCGUUCAUAGGGGUUCCCUGAUUUUUUCUCUUAAAAAAGAUUUACCUCAGCUUUGAACCCAGGCCAGUCAUAGGGGUUUCAUCAACCCCCGGAGAUCACCCCUCGCGCAUCAAGAACCUUUUUGUAACAUGUCAUACAUAUUGCUUCUAUAAUGGGGAAUAGAAAUAUUAUGUCAUAUGUAUAGCUCCUAUUCUGAACUAUUUUUUGUUAUUUCUAAAAAUUCAAUGUAUUCCAAGAAAAGAAAAGCAAA